AUGUUAUCAAAACCACUUAAAGUAGCUUUCAUACAUCCUGAUUUAGGAAUAGGUGGUGCAGAAAGACUUGUGGUAGAUGCGGCAGUUGGUUUGCAAUCAAAAGGUCACGAUAUUGUUAUAUAUACUUCCCACCAUGAUCGUAGUCAUUGUUUUCAAGAAACUAAAGAUGGUACACUUGAUGUCAGAGUACGAGGAAAUACAAUUAUUCCUAGUACAUUUUUUGGAUAUUUUUAUAUUGUGUCUGCAAUUCUUAGGCAACUUCAUUUGUCGUUAUCUUUGAUCUUUACAGAUAAGGAUCAAUAUGAUGUGAUAUUUGUAGAUCAAUUAUCUGCAUGCAUUCCUUUAUUAAAGUUAACCGGCGCUAAGGUCUUGUUUUAUUGUCAUUUUCCAGAUAAAUUGCUGUCCAUAAGGGAAUCCUUGUUAAAAUCAAUUUAUAGAUAUCCAAUUGAUAAGCUAGAAGAAUUAACAACUGGUAUGGCUGAUUCUAUAGUUGUCAAUAGUAGAUUUACAUCACUUGUAUUUCAAGAAUCUUUUCCAACAAUUAAAAAUAUACCACAAAUUCUUUAUCCUGGUAUACACUUUGAUUCAUAUGAUAAGGAAAUAAAUUUACAAGAUAAAAAUAUAAAAAUUUUGGAAACAAAACAGAAAUUUGAUCCAUCAUUACAAGGACGAAAAGCAGACUUUUCUGUUUAUAUACCAAUUAGAGGUGAAAAUUUUUAUUUACUUGUAUCAGAAACAAG